AUGCGACGGCUGUACCUAACAGACAGACAUUUAAGGGUGAUGCUAUGGUGUAUAUUAUUGGGAUUGCAGCCAGCGUUUGGUGGUAUUCUUGACCCAUUCAAUUGGGCACGCUCAGAUCGAAUUGAGGUCAAUAUCCCAUGGCUACCUUUUGAAAAUGAAACUAGAUGCUACGAUGAGCUUGGUUGUCUGAACAUCACACGGAGUUGGUAUCACCUAAUUCACCGGCCGUUUAAUGUUUUUCCUCUCCCCAGAGUAGUUGUGAAUACAAGGUUCAUUCUAUACACGAAGAGUAAUCCCACUGAUGGACAACUACUUAACGUUAAUGUAAAUAAAACAAUAGUUAAAUCUAACUUUAGUCCUCGUCGAUUAACUAAAAUGAUUAUACACGGAUUUAUAGACACGCCACUCUCAAAUUGGGUGAGUGAAAUGAAAGAUGAGUUGGUGAAGGCCGGUGAUUUUAAUGUCGUGGUCGUGGAUUGGGCGGGAGGCAGCUUGCCUCUGUACACUCAAGCGACAGCUAACACUCGACUUGUUGGACUUGAAGUUGCACAUUUCGUCAAUACUUUACAGAAAGAGCACGGCCUAAACCCCCUUGAUGUACACAUAAUUGGUCAUUCUCUUGGAGCACACACAGCUGGUUAUGCUGGUGAAAGAAUUCAAGAUUUAGGAAGAAUUACAGGACUUGAUCCUGCUGAGCCUUAUUUUCAAGGGAUGCCAACAAAUGUGCGACUUGACCCAACAGAUGCGAAACUGGUUGAUGUCAUACAUACAGACGGGAAAAGCAUAUUCCUUUUAGAUUUUGUGUUUAUGGCAGGAUACGGGAUGUCACAACCCGUGGGUCAUUUAGAUUUUUACCCUAACAAUGGAAAGGAGCAACCAGGUUGUGAUCUGACUGAGGGGCCACUGAUACCCCUGACUUUAGUAAAGCAAGGAUUGGAAGAAGCGUCCAGGGUUCUGGUUGCUUGUAAUCAUGUGAGAGCGAUUAAACUGUUUACAGAGUCUAUUAAUGGAAAAUGUCCUUAUAUAGGUCACCAAUGUCCAUCAUAUCAACACUUCCUGGACGGAAAAUGCUUUCACUGCGGUCAUGGUUGCGCCGUCAUGGGAUUCCAUGCAGACAGCUCACCUGGAUUAAUCACGAAUAAAGAUAAUGAGACUGAGAACGAAGUUUAUCCUUCUGAGGAGCAGGAAACAAUUGGUGCCAAGUACUUCCUUAACACUGGAAAAGAACUACCCUACUGCCAACGGCACUACAAAGUCUCAAUUCAUUUGGCUAAUCCUAAGGGUGCAGAAUCCUGGGUUCAGGGAUUUUUGAAAGUAACUUUGAUGUCGGAGAAGGGGGUCAUCCGUGGUAUGGAUUUAACGCCUACAAAUUAUGUCAAAUUAGAACAUGGAUCUUCGUAUACAAUUGUUGUUACGCAUCCGAUGGAUUUAGGAGGAAAAAUAAGAAAAGUGGAGUUGUCGUGGGAGUACGAUAUGAAUGUACUAGAACCACGAUCUCUAUGCAUUUUAUGGUGUAACGAUCGGCUCUACGUGAAGAACGUAAUAGUUGACCAAAUGGAACUUCCUAGUAGAGGGAAACGCAAUGUAGAUUUCAGCAGUAAAUUAUGCACGCCGAAAAGAGAAUUCGCUGAAAUUCCAAACAGAGGCUCCGCAAGCUUCUACGACAAUUGCGGAAGGUAG